AUGGAUCUUUUCUCCCUGUGUGCCGAUGAUAUUCAUCAAGGGACACAAGGCCACAACGUCCCACGAAUUCGGACUUUACCUAUCCGGUCGGUCCAUCUACCUGUCGAAUGGUUCAUGCAAACUAGUACCUUGAAAGUACGAGAACGGCAGUUCCAUUGUCUGGACUGUCAAUUCUUAUGCUGAAGGUUUACUUAAGGUCAAC